GAUGUAAAACUUGGGAAAAUAAAUCCAGUACUGCUGAAUAUGAAGAGUGGCACAAAGAACAUGUUAGUAGCGGAGAAUGCAAAGCCAACCACGUCGGACCGUCUGGAAACAUGGAGGUAGCAGCAAUCGUAGAAAUGUUCCAACGAUCUUUGGAAACUCUUGGGGUGAAAUAUCGUAAUUACAUUGGAGAUGGCGAUUCGAAGACGUACAGCGGCGUUAUUGACGCAAACCCUUAUGGUGAAGAUUUUGUAAUAAAUAAAAAGGAAUGCGUAGGACAUGUGCAGAAACGCAUGGGAACGCGUCUGCGUGAUCUGGUAAACAAGACAGUAGUUGUUACAACGACCAAAACCGGAAAAACCAUAAAAAAAAAAUCCUGUCUGGAAAAGAACAAUUAACAGGCAAAAUGAUAGACAAAUUAACUGUUUACUACGGAUUGGCCAUUCGACGCAAUUCCGAUUCAGUUCAGAAGAUGAAAAAUGAUAUAUGGGCGACAUACUACCACUACAGUUCAAACGACAAAAACCCACAGCACGAGAAAUGCCCGAGCGGCGAAGAUUCCUGGUGCGAGUGGCAAAAAGCUGCAGCUGCAGAUGCUCUAAAAUCAUUCAAACACAGCUACGCAGCUCUUCCUUCUAAAGUUCUGGAAGCCAUGAAGCCCAUUUAUGAGGACUUGAGCAAGGACGCACUGUUGCAGCGAUGUCUUGGAGGUUUUACACAAAACAAUAACAAAAGCCUCAAUCAGCUAAUAUGGAAAAUCUCUCCAAAGGCAUACAGUGGAACCUCUACAACCGUACAAAUUGCAGCUAAUGUAGCUGCUUGUACUUUUAAUGAAGGUUCUAUUGCCCUGUUGGCCUUCAUGAAAGAGAUGCACAUCGGUACAGGCCCUAGUUCUCACGAAUGGGCGCGACAAGUUGACGAUUUGCGAAUUACUAGAGGAGACGAGAAAGCGGUCUACAACAGUAAAGAAGGGAGAGUUUCGCGGAGACAAACACAAAAAGAUGCUCUGGAUCUUCUGGAUGAAAACGCCUUGCUGUAUGGACCUGGUAUCGAUGAUUCUGUGUGAGUAUAAAAGAACUAUCGACUUUUAUUUCGAAAUUUUUAGUGUGCAAAAGUUUAA